AUGGCGCUGAACCAGAAACUGUGUGACCACGUGGGUGAGGGUUGGGACUUUCCCCUUUGUGACUGAGUGAGCUGAGUCACCUAUUGUUUACUGUGUGUUAAUACCUUUACCUUAUGCAUAAUGUUUUACUGUAUAUGCAAAGUAGGUGUUCUGUGCUGGUGUGUCCUAUUGGUUAUUAAUGGGCUUAGUGUGAUUGGCUGUUGUUUAGGCCCAGUUUGAUUGAUUGCUGUUCCAAACCUUUGUGUGUUUACUUGUAUACAAAUACCUGGGUGUGUCUAAUAAAAAUAAGUUCCUGUUCUAUCCUCAAGCUGUGUAUGUCUGCUGUUCUAGGGGGAGAGGUGUUAGCUGACCGAAUCUUCCAGAACAGGCUGACAUUUGUGGUUUGGCGGCAGGAAGAACCUGUUUGGAUGGGUGUGCUCAAUCUGGGCACAGGGGACCCGUCACAUCAAGCAUUUUCACUUUUGGCAAUAAACACCAGAGGUGUGUUUGACGCACACAUCAAAUACGUGAUACAG